CAGACCUUCUUUCAGUUUCAGGUCAUUGAUAUUCCCGGAUAAUGUUCGGAUUGUCCAAUAUCCAGUUCAAACCUUCUUUUCCUAUCAUAGGAAGGUCGGAAACAUAUUCGUCUGAAUUACAUGUAUUAUACAAGAAAGAUGUUGAACAUAAAGGAAAUUCCAUGUCCAGUUGUACUGGUGAUUUUUUGUGCCAUUGCCAAAACUGCAAUAGGUUCAGGUGGAUGUCAGACUUCCAAGUUGAUCAACUUUCAUCCAUGUCCAACCUGGCCAGAACAAAACAUGUACACAGAAGAUGAUGGUCCCAUUUAUUUGCUAUGCUCAGUGAUUUCAAAUACCGGUACUGUUGCCCUUACGUGGUACAAAAAUGGAACAGAACUGAAAUCAGAUCAACAUAUAUAUAUCAGCGAUGAUAAACAACGUUUAAAAAUAGAACUUCCUGUACAGGAGGAUUCUGGGUAUUAUUCCUGUAAAGCUGCGAUGGCUAACAGUUCUAUAACCUAUGAAGGAUAUAUUUUGGUGACUGAGGCUUUUCCUGUUACUCAUCCUAGAAUUGUUCAUACUGUACCAUUAGACCAAGAACAGAAAGUAUUUUUGGGAUCCAGUACAAAUAUCAGCUGUACCUUUGAUGUUGGGACUGAAAUGUCAACGCCGGAAAAAAUGCAGUGGAGUAAAAAUGGUGAUUUAUUGUAUGAUAAUAACACUAACCUGGAAUAUCAGAUCUUCAACCUUGAAAGUCAGACUGUUCUAAUGUUACAGAUACAGAAUAUAUCUGUAGAUGAUUUGGGAGUGUACCAGUGUUAUGGAAAGAACGGUUAUGGAUCUGAUUCAAGGAAUAUAACUUUACUGAGAGAUGUGAAUCCAGGGGGAAGUGGUGAAGUCAAAGUAUGGCUUCUCAUAGCUAUUUCUGGCGGGGCAGCCUUCAUUGUUCUGAUGUUUAUCGUUUCUAUAGUGAUUGCUGUUUGUAGAAGAAAACAUAAUGAAAAAAUUGAUUGGGAAGAUCCUGACUUAGAGCAUUAUGAAGUUCCGCAGCAUAAGUUAGAAUAUGAUGUGUUUAUAUCCUACAGUAGCGAGGAUGAAAAAUGGGUGAAAGAAACACUGUUUACUAAUCUUGUACAAAAUGGUUACCAUGUUAACAUUGACUUUAAAGAUUUUGUGCCAGGUAUGGCCAUUGCAGAAAACGUCAUGGAUUCAAUUUACAAAAGUAGAAAAACAGUUGUUGUUAUGUCAAAGAAUUUCUUGAAAUCAAUGUGGGGCCAGUUUGAACUUCAGCAAGCUCACAAUAGGGCUAUAUCCCAGCGGAAGGAUGUUCUGAUUUUGAUCAAAUAUGGAAAAUGUAAAGUUCCAGCAAAAUUGAUGGGAAAGACAUUCCUAGAUUUUACAGACAAAACUAUAGCACAACAUUUUUGGCAGAGAUUUUAUGAUGCAAUCGGAAAACCGGGUGAUGACAUUCAAAAGAAAGAGGAAGGUCAAGAUGAAGGUCAAAUGAAAUACAACGAGAAAACUCAAGUCACAGAAGAAAAAGGUCAAGUAAACAAAAUGGACGAAAAUGACAAAAACUUUGAGGGGUAUGAUCACAUUAUAAUAAAUUUGAAAAAUGAAAAGAACAAAAUGGAGACAAUAGAAAGUGAAGUCAAUGUCAGACCAAAAACAUGUGAUCGCAGUCAGAGACUUGAGAGUACGGAGUCAAGUGUGAGUCAGGACUCGUGUAUUGGCAGAAGGAUCAGCUUAGAGGAGCGGAAACCUUUACUGUGUUAAUUCUAUGUCAUCAAAGGCCACAUCUAUUCUAUAUAUUUUUAUGCCCCCGCCGUCACCGGAGGGGGCAUUAAGUGUUACCCUUGUUCGUCUGUAAGUACAUCCACAAAUUUGGUUUCCAUUCUAUUAACUUUAGUUUGCCUCAACCAAAUGUUAUGAAACUUAUACACAAUGCUUAUGACCUCACAACACAGAUAAAAUUUGAAUUUGGGUUGCAUUACUUUUACCGUUCUUGAGUUAUGUCCCUUUAUAAUGUUAUAUGCAAGCGGGGGCAUCAUCUGUGUCCCAUGGACACAUUCUCCAUUAAUUUUAGAUUUGAUUUACUGUGGGUUCGUGAAAAUUUAUAGGGUAAUUAUUGAUACAUUCUUUUAUUGGUUAAAAAACAGAAACGUUACUUUAAAGGAGCUAUAUUGAAGUUUUAAUUUGAAGUUUUCAAAAGGAGAAAAAGAAUUAAAUUUUCCAUCUGAUGUAAUACAAUGAAAUAAUUGAUAUGGUUUAUGUAUGUAGUUUACAAAAGGUUAUUAGAAAAUUCAUAUCUUUAUGCCCAUGCCUUAGGCAACGCGGGCAUUAAGUGUUACCCUUGACCUUCCGUCUUUCCAUCCUUCCAGCUUUCCGUCCAUCCCAUUUUCAUUGCAAAACUUGAGCGGGGGCUUUCAUGUCUGCAGACACAUUCUCCUUUUAUUAAGUAUUUGUUUUAUUAUUUAAGACACUUUUCCAAAUUUUUUAUGCAAGUGAUUCUAGAAACGAAUGUUUUUCUUUCAAUGAAAACUCUUUAAAAUGAUAAUAAUAAAAAAGGCAAUUUUUGUUAUCCAAUAUUUCUAAUUCAGUACUCAAAUUUCUGGCCUAAAAUUCAGAUAUGUCAUUUUAUAGUUGCUCGUUUACAGUAAUUUGUAGGUAAGGUUGUCUUGCUUGUUAAUGUAUCAGGGAAAUUUUAAAAAAAAACAAGACUCGAAUUAUGGUCUUCUUUUUAGGAAUGCAUUGAUAAAACAAGUUAGGUUUUCAUGGGACUUCAAAACUGUUGCUGUAAAUGAUUCAAUCCAAAUUUAUUUCGGAAAAACAAAAUAUACACAUGUCUGAUUCCUGCCUUCAGCAUGUUCAGUUAAAAAAAAAAAUGGUUGGUCGGUCAGGAUUUUUUUUACUUCCAAAAAUAUUACAUGUUCUUUAGAAGUUCAAUCCAACUUUUUUACUUAAACAUGUUAAAUAUACAGUUAUAACCUAAUGCACGCUGCACAUUAAUUUUGUAAUUUCUGAUGUUCUGACAACUUUUUCACUCAAUAUUGGUCGAUCUUAUUUAAUACAAAUUUACUGAAUAAUCCAAGCCACGAAACUCGUGAAUGACAUUUUGGAAAGGUAAUAAAAUCUUUGAGGGUUAGCGAUUAAACUUGGGGUCAAUCAGGAUGUAGCUAUAGGAAACAGACAUAUAUUUUUUGGUUUCUAUUUGAUAAUUGCUAACACCUAUGCCUUUUACAUAACCUGUACAUGAACACUCAUGCCAUUAUAUUUGUAGAUUUUCAUUGGUGAAUUGGAUAUUAUUUUUCAGUGAUGGUUGUUGGAUUUUUAUGUAGUUUGUUGCAGUAAGCCUUUUUUUUUUACCUAUCUCUGUAAUAUUUUUAUUAAAAACUUUUAACUGUUAAACAUGACAUCCACAUAUAUUGAAUUUUAAUUGACUACUGUAGGACUCAGUAUGAUGCAAGUUUAAAAAAAAAUACAACUUGGGGUAUAUUAGAAUCUCAUACAAAGACAUGCAUAUAUUUAUGAGCCCAAAAACAAAUAAAAGAAUUGAAACUUAUCUUAAGUUAUUCCAGCAGUAAAGUGGUAAAGCCUGAAAAGUCCAGCAAAAAUUUGUAUUUAGCUACUGAAAAUAAUAACUAUUGAUUAAGCUUUAAUUACAAGAAAAAUUCAAGAGAUUACAGUAUUAAAUGGGGAUAGAUGUAUGUUUCAUUUUUAACAAAUAAUUAUACCCCGCUUUAAAAAAGUGGGGGUACACUGUUUUACCUCUGUCUGUCCUUCCAUCAGUCCAUCCAUCCAUCUGUCAGUCCGUCUGUCCCAUGAAUAUAUUUGUCGCAUUUUUCUCAGGAACUACUUGACAAGGAUUUCUGAAAUUUGGUUUCAGGGUUUAUAUAAGUAAGUUACACCGUGUAGUGCGUUUUCAGAUUCAUCACUCAACAACUUCCUGUUUACUGAACACUUGUAUUAUUUUACACAUGAUAGCCAAGUUGAAAAUUUUCGUCACAUUUUUCUCAGGAGCUACUUGACAAGGAUUUCUGAAGUUUGGUUUCAGGGUUUAUAGAAGUAAGUUACACCGUGUGAUGCGUUUUCAGAUUCAUCACUCAACAACUUCCUGUUUACUGAACACUUGUAUUAUUUUACACAUGAUAGCCAAGUUGAAAAUUUUCGUCACAUUUUUCUCAGGAACUACUUGACAAGGAUUUCUGAAAUUUGGUUUCAGGGUUUAUAUAAGUAAGUUACAACGUGUGAUGCGUUUUCAGAUUCAUCACUCAACAACUUCCUGUUUACUGAACACUUGUAUUAUUUUUCACAUGAUAGCCAAGUUGAAAAUUUUCGUCACAUUUUUCUCAGGAACUACUUGACAAGGAUUUCUGAAAUUUGGUUUCAGGGUUUAUAGAAGUAAGUUACCCCGUGUGAUGCGUUUUCAGAUUCAUCACUCAACAACUUCCUGUUUACCGAAUACUUGUAUUAUUUUACACAUGACAGCCAAGUUGAAAAUUUUCGUCAUAUUUUUCUCAGGAACUACUUGACAAGGAUUUCUGAAAUUUGGUUUCAGGGUUUAUAUAAGUCAGCUAUACAGUGUGUAUACAUUUUCAGAUUCAUCACUCAACAACUUCCUGUUUUCCGAAAUAUUUUGGCGGGGGGUAUCAUCAGUGAGCAGUAGCUCACAGUUUUACUUGUUUAUAACUAUACUAAAGUCUGAUUUAAGAUAACAUUUUUUUCCACUUUCAAACUGCUAUUUCAGGGAGAACUUUUUAUUAAUUGCCCUUAAAUUCUUGUUAUUUUUUUCAUGACAUGUACUGAUUGUUAAUGAUUGACAUGUACUGAUUGCUAAAGAUUCACAAUUUUAUUUUCUACAUCUGUUUUAUAAUUUUAUAAUUUACAGUAUAUUAAAUAUAUAUGGUGUAUAUAUUGUUGAAGGCCGUAUAGUGACCUAUAGUUGUUAAUUUCUGUGUCAUUUGGUCUCUUGUGGAGAGUUGUCACAUUGGCAAUCAUACCACAUCUUCUUAUUUUUAUAUAUAACAUAUAGUUAUAUUUAUAAAGUUAAAUAAAUUUUAUUAGUUUGUGAUACAUUUGUUGUAUAUUGUAUUUAUUAUUAUUUAAGAACUGUUUAAUAAAAUAUUUUUUGUGGAGUGAUAAA